AUGGACGGAUACGCAGAUCUGGUGGAUGACUUGCUCGCGUUCCCGAGUGAGAACAAGGAGAAGGAUGACCCAAGUUUCGCCAUCAAUGCGCGAGACUCCAAAAGCGGGAGGUCCCUGCUUCAUGAAGCCUGCGCAAGAGGACAAAUGGAGGUUGUCAAGUUCUUGCUGCAGAAGACGGACGCAGACUUGAUGCUUCGGACGAUGCUGGGCCGCUGCACUCCUCUUCACUUGGCGGUCACGAACAACUUCCGCCCCAUUGUUUUUCUCCUGCUUAGCCACGGUGCAGACGCCUCCAGUCACGAUCGGUUUGCGUGCUCGCCCAUGCACUACGUCAAGUCUCUCAGCGUCGCCAAGCUGCUGGUUCAGUACGGGGGUAAAGUUCUCGACCAUAACGCAGUAAGUCAACGAGACGUUACUGGGGGAGUGUCGAUGCACUAA